UACGCCGACGCGAGCUACUGGCACGACCGCUACGCGACGCAGGACGCCGCCUUCGAGUGGCUCUGCGGCUGGCGCCCGCUCGCGCCGCUCUGGCGCCGCCGCGUCGGCGCCGCGCGGCGCGUCCUCCACGCGGGCUGCGGCACGUCCACGGUCGGCGCGGACCUCGGCGCCGUCAACGUCGACGUGGCGCCGGAAUGUGUGGAGGCGAUGCGCCGGCGGCGCCCGGACGGCGACUGGCGCGUGGCCGACUGCCUGGACCUGCCCUUCGCCCCUAACUCGUUCGACGCCGUCCUCGACAAGGGCACGCUCGACGCGUUCUGUUGCGACCGGGACGCGAAGCAGGCGGCGCGGCGCGCGGAGCAGUAUGUCCGGGGCGUGUUCCGCGUCCUGCGGCCGGGCGGCGUUCUGUUCGUGGUCAGCUUCUCGGAGACGCGUCUAAGACAUCUGCAGCGCGUGCCCUGGGCCUCGCACACGGUCGACACGCUCCGGAACGAGCGGAACCAGGCCGUCCACGUCUACGUGUUGCGGAAGCCGCGGCGACGGCGCUUCGUGGUCGGGGCGGUUCUCGCGGCGCUCGCUUAUGCGAUGCACCGCCACGUCCGAACGCGCGCCGUCGUCGCCGCCGAGGAUUUGGAGCCGACGGCCGGCGCCGCGCAGUGCAACUACGAGCUGCUCAAGUCGUUCACGCGCGUCGCGGCGGGUCUCGACUGGACGCUGGGCGCGGGGACGCUGCUGGGCGCGCUGCGGUCCGAGCCGGCCGGGCUCCUGCCCUGGGAGCACGACGUCGACGUCUACAUCCCGGCGCGGGACGCCGCGGCGCUCGCGGAGCGGUUACAAAAAUGCGCGCCGGGCCGUCGGGACGCCGCCGCCUGCGGCGCGCUGCUGUGGCGGGGCUUCGUCGACGGGCGCGGCGACGAGUGCUGCGGCUUUGGGUACAAGGCCUUCCACGCGACGUCGACGGCGUGCGAGCUCGACGUCCUGGUGCUGGCGGCGUCCUCCUACGCCCCCUGGACGCACGGCAAGCGGUUCGGCUGGACGUCUUGGCCGCCGUUUCCUAGGGUCGUUGCGGCGUUUUCACAUGAAGCGGGCCCGCUCGACUACCUCGUGAUCCCCGAGGACAUUGACCGGGGCAACCUGUUGCAGGGCGACCGCUGGGACGCGGCGGGGCGCUUCCGCGGGCCCGAGGUCGCGUUCUUCCAGGACGAGUACUUUGGGCCGGGCGAGUUCGCGCCGCGCGAAGCGUUGGCCAUGUACGACCUGGAGGUCUUCGUCCCGCACGACGCGUGGGCCUCGCUGAACCGGACCUACGGCCCGUCGUGUAGCUACACGGCACGCGUCGACGAGCACGGCGGCGUUUACGUGGAUUUGCGCCGCCGCGAGCACGCGCACCUGAAACGGCCGGCGGAUAUCACAAUUGUGGAUGUAUUCGGUAACAAUAAUUAA